GGGCAGCAGUAGUAGCAGUAGUAGUAUAAUCCGUCGUGCGCCACAUUUUGGGGAGAUGAUUUGUCCCCGCCGCCGAUCUCUUAAUAAACGCUAAACAACAGCAGCAACAGCUAGAGAGAGAGAGAGAGAGGGAGACGAAGAGAUGGCUUGCUCGUCAUUGAGUUUCCCAGUGACGGCAAAAAAGCCAAGUUCUCACGCAAAAUCGUCUCCUUCAAGCGCUGUUGCUGCUGCUGCAGUGUCUCCCUCUUCUUCGUUGCAUUCUUCGAGUUCGAGAUCCAAUCAAUGCUCACAGUUGUUCCUGUCCUCCUCACGUCCGUCUCUGUCUCUCCGUUACGAUCUAAACCUAAUCCCGCGUCGUCUCUCGAGGAAGCCCCCUAAUUUCCUGGUCGUCUCAUCCCUCGGCAAUAAGCCAGAACCUCUGAAGGUGAUGAUAUCUGGGGCUCCUGCUUCAGGUAAAGGGACUCAAUGCGAGCUCAUAUCUAAGAAGUAUGGUUUGGUGCAUAUUGCGGCUGGAGAUUUACUGAGGGCUGAAGUUUCAGCUGGGAGUGAAAAUGGGAAGCAAGCAAAGGAAUUCAUGGAGAAGGGGCAAUUGGUCCCAGAUGAAAUAGUUGUUAUGAUGGUGAAGGACCGCCUUUCACAAUCAGAUUCUCAAGAAAAUGGCUGGCUUUUGGAUGGAUACCCAAGGAGCUUAUCCCAAGCAACUGCUCUUAAAGGAUUUGGAUUUCAGCCAGACAUAUUCAUCCUUCUUGAAGUUUCUGAGGACAAUCUUGUUGAGCGAGUGGUUGGGCGUAGGUUAGAUCCUGUCACCGGUAGGAUAUACCACUUGAAGUAUUCUCCACCAGAGACUGAAGAAAUUGCUGCACGACUUACCCAGCGCUUUGAUGACACAGAGGAAAAGGUAAAGUUGCGAUUGCAAACUCAUCAUCGAAAUGUAGAAUCUGUACUCUCCAUGUAUGAGGACAUAACUGUCCGGGUAAAUGGAAAUGCAUCAAAAGAUGAUGUGUUUGCGCAAAUUGACAUCGAGCUGAAAAAACUUGUUGAGCAAAAGAAGGCUACAUCAGGAUCAGUAGCAGCUUGAGGAUAAGAACGCUUGAUAGAAUAGUAAAAUACCUUCUUCACCGCUUGCUAACAUGCUAUAGAGGAAAGUGGAAAAAGAUAAGAGGAGAAUGUGGCAAUUGCCAUCAUAUAUGUCUUACCCAUCAGACCAAAGUACAUUCCCAAGAUUAUGGAUGAACAAAUACCAGAUGUAUUAAUCUUCUCAUGUAGUUUUGCUUUUUUACUUUUCCUUAUCUAGAACUCACCCUCUGCAUUUCGUUUUCUUAUAUUUUGAUGUUCUUUUAUUGGGGUGGAGGGGUUGAUGCCAAAGGAGGACGAGAAGAAGAGGAAAAGAAGUAUGCUCCUCAAGAGUUGUAAUAUCUUUUGCUUAUUAUUGUUCCUUUGUUUGAAUCGAACUUCAUACUGGCUUGAUUGGAAGUAGCUGGUAUGUUUUUA